AUGCUAAAAGUAUUAAUCCCUACAAUCAUGCUGUUCCCAACAAUCUGACUAGUCUCCCCUAAGUGACUAUGAACAACUACAACAGCAAAUAGCCUCCUAAUAGCCUCUAUUAUCCUGAAAUGACUAAUAUGAACAUCAGAGGAAGGAUGAACCUCCUCCUACAUAUACGUAGCAACCGACCCAUUAUCAACCCCCCUCCUACUAACAUGCUGAUUACUCCCAUUAAUGAUUUUGGCCAGCCAAAACCACAUCACCCCGGAACCAAUUAGCCGACAACGUUCAUACAUUACACUCCUUGCCUCACUACAAACCUUCCUAAUUAUAGCAUUCGGCGCCACAGAAAUUAUUAAAUUCUACAUCAUAUUUGAAGCCACACUAAUCCCAACCCUUAUUAUUAUCACCCGAUGAGGUAACCAAACCGAACGUCUAAACGCAGGAACCUACUUCUUAUUUUAUACCCUAGCAGGGUCACUUCCACUUUUAGUUGCCUUACUCCUACUUCAACAAUCCACAGGAACAUUAUCAAUACUAGUAUUACAAUACUCACAACCACUACAACUCAACUCCUGAGGCCACAUAAUCUGAUGAGCUGGUUGCUUAAUUGCAUUCCUAGUAAAAAUACCCCUAUAUGGAGUGCACUUAUGACUACCAAAAGCACACGUAGAAGCCCCCGUGGCAGGGUCCAUAGUUCUUGCAGCAGUAUUAUUAAAACUAGGAGGAUACGGAAUAAUACGCAUAAUAGUCAUGCUAGACCCACUAUCAAAAGAACUCGCCUACCCAUUUAUUAUUCUAGCCCUCUGAGGAAUUAUCAUAACCGGCUCAAUUUGCCUACGACAAACAGACCUAAAAUCUCUUAUCGCAUACUCAUCAGUUAGCCACAUAGGCUUGGUGGCAGGAGGAAUUCUAAUCCAAACCCCUUGAGGAUUCUCAGGAGCAAUCAUUCUAAUAAUUGCCCACGGACUAGUAUCUUCUGCACUAUUCUGUCUAGCUAAUACAGCAUACGAACGAACCCAUAGCCGAACAAUAAUUCUUGCCCGAGGAUUACAAGUAAUUUUCCCACUAACUGCAGUCUGAUGAUUUAUUGCCAACCUCGCAAACCUAGCACUUCCGCCCCUACCUAACCUAAUAGGAGAAAUCAUAAUCAUCACAACCCUAUUCAGCUGAUCACCAUGAACCAUUUUAUUAACAGGGGCAGGAACACUAAUCACAGCUGGCUACUCCCUAUACAUAUUCCUUAUAUCACAACGAGGCCCAACCCCAAACCACAUUAUAGGCCUCCAACCCUUCCACACCCGAGAACACCUACUAAUAACCUUACACCUUAUCCCAGUCCUUCUUCUAGUAACAAAACCAGAACUCAUAUGAGGAUGGUGCUAUU